AGCUUGUAAAUCAAAGUUGGAAGCCACAAUAUUGAGCAAAAGAAGAAGGUAUCUGAAGCCAAAACAGAGCAAGAGGACGACGAUCAUAUUCAUACGUACUCGCAAUGGGAACAGGGGUUGGUUCCGGCAACAAUACUAUGCUGGAGAAGAAGGACCGUAUCAGCGAAUUACCGAACGAAAUUCUGGUUUCGAUUCUAAACCGGUUGUCAAUGGAAGAAGCAACAAGAACGAGUGUGCUUUCUCGCAGAUGGAAAAAGCUCCCCACAAUGUCAUUCAUAGCGAGGCAUAGUCUUGAACUGGUAUGGAACACUUCCGGCACAACAGGAAACUGGGACUUUUCUGGCAAUACAGACAAGUGGGACUUUGUAGAAUGGGUGGACAGAAUACUGGCAUUGCGUAGCUCAACAACAAAAAAAGCAUCGGUAACUCUGGGCGACUUGGCGAUUCGUUAUGAUUUGAAUCGAAGUUUCCAAAAAUACAUUGAUGGGUGGGUUUCGUUUGCUUGUGAAAAGGGUGUGAAGAGGCUGGAAUUGGAUUUCUCGGGUAGUACUGAAAAAAAAGGGAUAUUAGUCCCAUAUGGUUUUCCACAAGUUGAAAAGAUUUGCACCAUGUCAAAGCCUUGUGGUUCACCAACCAGCUUCUACUCCCUCAAGGAGCUGCGACUGAUUGACUUGAAUGUCAGUGGGGAGGUUCUUGAACAUUUUCUGUCCAACUCUCCGUUUCUUGAACGCCUUUUCGUGGACAGAUCGCAGAGUCUCGUCAAUUUGAAGGUUGGCAGUUCAUCGUCAUCUUUGAAUCUCAAGUGUUUGGGGAUACGCCUCUGUUAUGGAAUGAGGUCCCUCAAGAUCUCUGCUCCAAAUCUUGUGUCGUUUAGAUAUGAUGGGUAUAUGAAAUAUCUGUUUUUUGAGAAUGUUCCUAUUCUCUCAGAGCUGUCUUUGGGGGACAUUGCUCCCUAUUUCAUAAGUUACGACGCCAACCGGCUAUUUGGGCAUUUAUCUCAGUUGAGGAAACUCAAAUUGGAUAUGGAUCUCUCCGUCUUCAGCAAUGUGGCUUCCAAUUUUUACAAUGAACCUCAAACAUUUCUCAAGUUGAAUAACCUUGAGCAGUUGGAAAUGGUGAUAUCAUCAGAACAUAAUUUGUGUCUCCUUUGGACCUGUGCGCUGGUUAAGGCAGCUCCUUUCUUGCGUAGGUUUGCAAUAGAGAUGACUUUUGAGACAGAUGAUGUUUGGCGUGAGGACUUAUGUGAUCAUGCACUUACAGACUUACCAGCAGUACCUGAAGAUUAUGAAAAGGAAUUACUGAAAGUCAUUAGAUGUUCGCAUCCAUUUCUCGAGGUGGUAGAGUUAACUGGGUUUACUGGGAAUCCAAAUACAGUUGAGCUAGCGUCUCACUUGCUUGCGAUUGCUAUUUCACUGAAGGAGAUAAUCAUCGGCACGACAAAGGACGAAAAGGCUAGAAAGAGUGCUGAGCGACUAAGAGCUCGAAUAUCCCCGGGGGUUAAUCUAGUGCUUCUAUAGUUUUGAAAUGUCUUUUUUGAGUUCGUAGUUUUGUAGCAGCAUUAGCAGGUGAUCUCUGUUUGUCCCUGUACAUAAGUAGAAAAAUGGUUCCAUGGAAAGUUUUAAACGAAGAAGUUGGUGGACUGGUAGUUCAGACAUAACAAUAGAAAAAAUGCACAUGUCUACAAUGGAUUGAACAUAACAAUAGAAAAAAUGUACAUGUCUACAAUGGAUUGAACAAUGUAUGCAUAUUUUGAUAUAACUUCGGGAUAAUUGUCUGAGAGAUGUGUUGUGUGUGUAUGUUUAUAGAUAUACAAUUGUUUAUCAUGAUAGAUACAGGAAAUUUAAUCACCUGAAUUAUCUUUAGGAUCAUAUAAAUGAAUUUUUGGGUGGGUUUUUGUUGGUAAUAGUGUUUCUUUAGUACUCAUCGGUUCGGUUGCUGUGUAUGGCUUAAAAUUUUACUUUUUCAGAUGUACCAUUUUGUUAAUUUAUUUAGCCUGCAUAUUUUAAUUCAGGUAACUUUCUAGUUCAAAAUUGAAACACACAAGAAAAUUUUUGUGGAUUUACAAAAUAAUAAUAAUAAUAACUAAAACAAACGUUUUCCAUGAGUUUAUCGAAUGAAAAGGAAGCCAGAAAUAAAAAUAAAAUAAAAGGAAUUUAUUGCACUGCACAUGCAUAAAUAAAAAAAAUAAAAAAAUAAAUUAUUGUCGGCUACAUGACAAAGAG